CAAAGGUUAAAGCAUAGUGAAAUGCAACCAUAUGACAUACUUUUUUUUAAUGGUGCAGAAGAAACAGAAUAGAUUCCUUAGCACACAAGUCUCAGAGAAAAGAAACAGGUAAAGGCCUGCGAUAUGAAAACUACAUGCAUCACAACCUUGUUUUGGCCCCUCUCUAUGCUAUUAUUAUCAGACGAAAGCCAGUCUUCUAAAAUAGAAGUCAAAUGUAAUUUCACCGAAAAUAAUUAUUCUUUGAUUCCAACAGAUAUCAAUAAAAAUGUUACUAUACUUGAUCUCAGUUAUAACCAAAUUACUUUGAAUAUUAUAGACACUAGGGUUCUACAAACAUAUUUUUUACUCACUGAACUCUAUCUGACUGAGAACAAUGUUACUAUGUUAUAUAAUAAUGGCUUUGGUAACCUCUCCAAUCUAGAAAUUUUAAAUAUCUGUAGAAACUCCAUCCAUGUAAUUGAACAGGGUGCAUUCACGGGCUUAAAUAAACUAAAACAGUUGUACCUCUGCCAAAACAAAAUAUUUCAACUGAAUCCUGAUGUAUUUGUACCUCUAAAAAACCUGAUACUUCUGAAUCUGCAAGGCAAUUUCAUUGGCUAUUUUGAUGUACCACAACUGUUUCAUCUGGAAUUAAUAAUUUUAUAUGGAAAUCCAUGGAACUGUUCUUGCAGUCUACUGAAUUUGCAGAACUGGUUGAACACAUCAAAUGUGACACUAGAAAAUGAGAACAUCACCACAUGCACCUACCCAGAUAUCCUGAAGUUCUACAGUAUCAAAACAGUACCUUAUAAUGCUGAGUGCUACUCAAAAUUUCCUCCACCUAUAAAUGAAGAUCUUUAUAACCACCUUCAGUCCAUUAGCAACUCAACAUUUAAUAGCUCUUUGAACAACUUAAAAAAUUCAGAACAUAAACUUGGAAAAAGCUGGGCUUUUCUGGUUGGUGUGGUGAUCACUGUACUGAUGACUUCAUUCCUCAUUUUUGCUGCUAUCAAAUGCCCAGUAUGGUAUAAUUUUCUGCUUAGUUACAAUCAUCAUCGCCUGGAAGAGCAUGAAGCAGAAACCUAUGAAGAUGGUUUUACUGGAAAUUCAAGUUCUCUUUCACAAGUCCCAGAUACAAAAUCUGAAGAAACUACAGUAAUAUUUGAAAAACUACAUUCAUUUGUGGUAGAUGAUGAUGGGUUUAUUGAAGACAAAUAUAUAGAUACUCAUGAAUUACAUGAAGAAAAUUAAUUCCCUUAAAUGCUUGAUUUUUUUUAAUAAAUGUUAUCAGUGUACUCACAAUUUAGACAUAAAUGGAGAUUAGGCAUGUGAUAUACCAAACUGUGGCUAGUAGACUUUCAUAUUAAUUGCAACACACAGGAAGAUCAUAAAAUCAUGUUUUUCUCAUUGGUACUGAGCAAGUAGGUCCAAACAUAGUAAAUGGUAUCCUCUGGUAAGCUUACAGGGACAAUAUUAAAAUUACUAUUUUCAGUAGUAUUCAGGAGACCAUACAACCUAAUAAGGAAAAGACUUAUUAAAUUAUUUAUUAAAAUGAACUGAUUCUAAUAUUGGCCCACAUAUUUGAUAUAAUAUAUAUUAAGUUAUAAUAAACUUUUAUUGAAUAGAAUCAGUAAAAAAUAAAGUUUUUUUAAAGUCUGCCUCUCUCAAAUAAAUAAAUAAAAUCUCUAGAAAAAAUUUCUUAAAAAUUAAAGGUUUUGGAUUUGUCAAAGUGAAAUGCUUACAACACACCAAGAUUCAUUUUAUACUCAUAGAAUGAAUUCAUGGAAUUGGAACGUACUUUUUUAAAUGCUUUCUGAAUUAGCCCAAUAAAUUUCCUAAAAAUUUAAUACCAACUUAAAGCACAGGUACAAUGUCCAAGCACAAUUCCUAAUAAGUUACUACGGACUUGAAAAAAAAAAGGUACUACUGCUUUCAGUUAUAAAGACCAUCACCAUAAUGCAUGAUUGUCAUAACUGAAUAGUAUGAUAAAUUCCAAAGUGAGUAUCAGAAGUCUCCACAAAUCUUGUUUUUCAAAACCUGUAUUUCUGCCUCUCUUUGGAAGAGUUCUAGUCAUAUGAGUCUGUGCUGGGGCAGAGGAAUCUUCAGUUGGUCCAUGGACAAAUGUUUGGGAUCCUGUAGAUAGAGCAAUGUUUCCCAAAUUGUUUUCUAAAAUAUUAAUUUCCAGGGAAAUGCUCAGAAAUAUUUAUAGGGGAGGGGAGCCUGGGUGGCUCAGUGGUUAAAGCCUCUGCCUUCAGCUCAGGUCAUGGUCUCAGGAUCCUGGGAUCGAGUCCGCAUUGGGCUCUCUGCUCAGCAGGGAGCCUGCCUCCUCCUCCUCUCUCUCUCUGCCUGCCUCUGCCUACUUGUGAUCUGUCUGUCAAAAAAAAAAAAAAAAAAAAAAAAGAAAUAUUUAUAGGGGAAAAAAAACAGUACAUGGUCAAAGUACUAUGCAAUUACUAUAGGAAAUACUGAGUUUAAACAAAGUGAAACAAGAGUCUUUACUAUAGGACUUAAUUCAAGACUCUAAAAAGCUGAAAUGUUUUCUGCUCUUUAAGAACCAAGUAUUAAGAAUUUUCCAAACUUACUGGACAACAAAACCCUUUCUUUCAGGUACGUCUAUAAUGAGUUCAUAAUACAAUAAUGGUCCAAAAAACAUAGUUUGGACAACAAUGACCUUGAGACUGUUAAAAAGUCUAAAGCGAAUUAUUUACUAAUUUCCUUAUAACCAAUUGGCUGUAAUCAUAAUUUUAACAAUGCAAAUAGAGGUGGUUAAGAAUUGUAAUAAAAAUCCACCAUUUUUACCUUCCAUAGGGGUGAAAAAUUAAGUGCAUGUAUAACUGUUAGAGAAAAGAAUAUCUCUAAAACACUAUAAUAAAAUAUUAUUAUUUUAUUAUAUAUAUUAAUAUCAUAUAUAAUAAUAUUAUAUAAUAUUAUAAGCCUAUUAUUAUAUUAUAAAAGCCUAAAACAGUCUUAAAUUUAUAAUCUGUGAGUUAUCUUUCUGAAUGAAAUAUAUAUAAAACAUAUACAUAUAGUAUUUAUAAAUCUGACCCGAGCAUCAUAUAACUGCAGAUAAGUGAUGAAAUAAAUGAGGACCUUAACGUUCUAAACUCUGUUAGGUGUUCAACGGACUAGAGUUCCUUAUUUACUUUUUAGGUAACUAAAGGAGUUAUUUUAUUGUAUUGUAAAUGAUAAAUAUUUCCUAAAUUAAAACCAGAAACCAGAACAGUAAAAAAGAAGUUUCCAAGUAAGAGCUUGGUCACCAUGCAUAUGUAAUUUUCUUCGUAAGUGGGAAGAGACUUCUGGUAUUUACAAUUUUUCAGGCAGCAGUUUAUAGCAGUAUUAAAUGACAGAUAAAGGAAAAAGAGGUUCCUUUGUUUUUAAUCAACAAAAAAAUUAUAUUAAUCUUUCAAAUGUUUUACCAUUACAUGUUAACAUCUUAUUCUUCAUCAAAUAUUUAUGUUAUAUGCAUAAGUAACAGGACAGUGUAUUUGGUGUCACAGAAUUUAAGUAAUUUUGAUUAAUUAUUACCCUUGUUCUCAAAGAGAUUAAGACUGAUAAAAUUCUGAGACUAAAUAUGUAUGGGGUGGGAGUAUAUAAAAUUCUAUUUGCAUAGAAUCAGAUAGUAUUUAAUUAUGGCCAAAAAUCAAUGAAGAAUAAUUAUGUUAACUACUGUAAUUAUCUGAAUAUUUAUGUCCCUCCAAAAUGUGUGUUGCAAUCCCAGCCCCCAAAGGUAAUGGCAUUAUAAGGUACAAUCUUUGGGAAGUGAUUAGGUAAUUAGAGUGGAGCCCUCACAAACAGGAUUGGUGCCCUUAUAAAAGAGAUCCCACAGGCUUGCCUGGGUGGCCCAGUCAUAAGUGUCUGCCUCCGCCUCACAUCAUGAUCCCAGGGUCCUGGGAUCCAGCUCUGUAUCAGGCUCCCUGCUCAACAGGAAGCCUGAUUCUCCCUCUCCCACUUCCCCUGCUUGUGUUCCUUCUCACUCUAUGUCAAAUAAAUUUUAAAAAAAGAAAAAGAAAAAAAAGAUGUCACAGACCCCCUUCUACCAUAGCAGUAUAUAGCAAGAUAUCUGGUAUGAACAGGAAGAGAGAUCUCACCAGAACAGGACCAAAUUGCUGCCUUGAGCCCAGACUGCCCAGCCUCUAGAACUGUAAGCAAUAAAUUCCUGUUGUUUAUAAGUUACCUAGUUUAGGGUAUAUUGUUAUAGCAGCCCAAAUGGACUAAAACAAGUUAUCACAUCUACCUAUUACCUUUGCAGGCUUUUGUCACUGCCACACUUCCACUUAUUACCAAAGUCAAAAUUAUUUGCUAUUGGAUCUUUAAUGAUGUUAUAUAAAAAGAUGCAUACACAUAUAUGCAUUAAUAUAACUUAAUUAGAAGUUAAAAACUGAAUAAUGAAAUAAUGUAAAUAGCUCACUAUUGUUUUAUUAGACUGGACCUUGAAUCUCAUAAUUCAAACAAGUUAAAAAGCCCAGGAUAAAGCUGUAAAUGGUAGAGAUGAAGAUGUUCUUACCCAUCUUAGGUUCUGAACCUACUUGAAAUAGGAAUUUUAUUUAUCUAGUCUAUGUAUUAAUUUUAUUUAUCCAGAUUUAGGUACUUAACGAUAAAUGAUAGUAAUUUUAUUUAUCCAGGAUUUGGGUGCUUAAUGGUAAAUGAAAACAACAGAUGUGUAAACAAUAGAAUUUGUACUGCAAAUAUUCAACUUUUUAAAAUAAAAUACAAGGGAAGGGGCACCUCAGUGACUUGGUUGAGCUCUUGCUCUCAGCUCAAGGUUUGAUCUCACAGUUAGGAGUUUGGGCCUGCACUGGGCUCCACACUGGGUGUGGAGCUUACUUAAGAAAAGAAAAA